AUGGCGUAUUCAGCAAGCCAAAUCAGGUGGACAUCGGUUGAUGGAGCAAAAAGUUUUAUUGAAAGGUCAACAGCAAACGGGUACAACGAAAUGACCGGACGGCCAUUGAGCGUCGUGGAACGAAGAGCAUUUUUUGAACAGCUCCAUGCUGCUGCCGUCAGCAGAGCCUUACCGCUUGCAACAUUCAAGUACUGUAAUCUGUUGGUCAAGCAAAUUGCAAAUUUGACAAAGGUACAGCUGAAGCUAAUCAAUCAUUGGCUAAUUGUUGAGGAUGAUGAUAUCGCUGAGGGUAUGAAAGAAGACUCAGACUUGCAGGAAUUUAAAACUCCAGAAAGUUUGUUGACACCGACGACACCAAGCUUUAAAAGUGAAGAGGCUGCAAAUGGCGUCUUACCUUACGACGAGCAGUCUUUAAAUUUUGAGCCGUUGAUACCACCGGUAAAGGCAGUUCCUCCAGCGAAACCGAAAAGGACUUACGAACAUCAAGUUCUAUCUCCAUCCAGUUAUGAAAACUUAUUGGUCGAAGGUUUUUUGGUGGGAAAAGAGGAAGAUUUGCCAACUCAGUCAGAGUUUCUGAAAGCGACAUUGCAUCACUCUUAUUUUCUGCAAGCGCUUUAA